GACAGAGGCACAGAAAGAAGAGGAGAGAUUUUUAAAAACCCGAUCCUGCUUCCACCACCUCUAUUUCAGCACCAAGGACAGAGUCUCUGAGCAGCUGACCCGAGCAGCGUUAGUUUAGGGUCCCUCCCAAAGCCUCUAGAGAAAGCAGAUGCAUUCGAAAGCAGCUAUGAAACAUGCAGUAAGAUAUAAUAGGAAAGCUGGAAUAGCAGCACACAAGUGAUUUCACCUUAGAGGCAAAUAUGUGUCAUUUUUCUUUCUGUGCAUUUCCACAGUUUCUGUGUCCUAAGGAAGGCAAAGUUUGCCUUGCUUGGGUAUAUCUACUGUUAGUAAAUGACUGCAGGAGCUGAGUUACUAAACUAUCCAGUAUCAGAAAUUAGAAGAACAUUUCAGGGGAACCCCUUGGAGCCAAGACCCUCCCUCAUGGCCAUGGCACCUCUGAGUCAGCUGAGUGGCUAUGUCAAUUCCACCUGUGGGAUGGAGAACUCCACAGGUGCUAGUUGGGCUCGUCCACAUGCUUACUACGCCCUGUCCUAUUGUGCUCUCAUCCUGGUCAUCGUCUUUGGCAAUGGACUGGUGUGUGUAGCGGUGCUGAGAGAGCGGGCCCUACAGACCACUACUAACUACCUGGUGGUGAGCCUAGCUGUGGCAGACCUUCUGGUGGCCACCUUGGUGAUGCCCUGGGUGGUGUACCUGGAGGUGACAGGCGGAGUCUGGAAUUUCAGCCGUGUUUGCUGUGAUGUUUUUGUCACCCUUGAUGUCAUGAUGUGUACCGCCAGCAUCCUGAACCUCUGUGCCAUCAGCAUCGACAGGUAUACUGCUGUGGUCAUGCCAGUUCAUUACCAGCAGGGCACAGGACAGAGCUCCUGCCGGCGUGUGGCCUUUAUGAUCACAGCUGUCUGGGUACUGGCCUUUGCUGUGUCCUGCCCUCUCCUCUUUGGCCUCAACACCACAGGAGACCCCAGCAUCUGCUCUAUCUCCAACCCUGAUUUUGUCAUCUACUCUUCAGUGGUGUCCUUCUACCUGCCCUUUGGAGUGACUGUCCUUGUGUAUGCUAGGAUCUAUGUGGUGUUAAGACAGAGGAGGCGAAAACGGAUCCUUACUCGACAGAACAGCCAAUGCAUCAGUGUCAGGCCUGGCUUCCCUCAACAACCCCUCUCCCCUGGCCGAGCACACAUGGAGCUAAAACGCUAUUACAGCAUCUGCCAAGAUACUGCUUUGGGAAGGCCAAGUUUCCAAGAAGGGGAAACAGAGUUGAGAAGAGAAGAGAGGACUCGGAAUUCCCUAAGUCCAACCAUGGCACCCAAGCUCAGCUUAGAGGUUCGAAAACUCAGCAAUGGCCGGCUGUCAACAUCCUUGAAGCUGGGGCCCCUGCAACCUCGGGCAGUGCCGCUCAGGGAGAAGAAGGCAACCCAGAUGCUAGCCAUUGUGCUUGGAACCUUCAUUGUCUGUUGGCUGCCCUUCUUCCUGACUCAUGUUCUCAAUACCCACUGUCAAGCUUGCCAUGUGUCUCCAGAGCUUUACAGCGCUACAACAUGGCUGGGCUACAUGAAUAGCGCCCUCAACCCUGUGAUCUAUACUACCUUCAAUGUGGAGUUCCGAAAAGCCUUCCUCAAGAUCUUAUCUUGCUAAUGGAGGAAAGAAAGGAUUACUUCCUGUGCCCACCACUAGCUGCCAAGCCAUUGAGCCA